AUGAACGGAAUUCCGACGGCCCAAAUCGAGUGUCGGCGUUUGCCGAGGCUUGAUUUGGCCGUCAUCAACAGACAACUCCCACUCUCAACCACCACCAUCAUCCACGACACCAACCCACCUCGCGACACCGCCACGUCACCAACGGCCACCACGACGCACACAACGACGACGUCCGUCGUCGUUUCACCACGACCCCAACACAACACCACGGCCACGACACGGAAACGACGCCCCAACGCCACGUCACCAGCCUCAGUAAACGAGCGCGCCAACACGUUGCCACGUCGCUAUCAGCGACGUGGUAACCAGACGACGAACGACGCAAGUCGUCCUCGUCCCACCCAGCCUGCUAACACCAGGCACACGACAAGGGACAACCACGUCAACGCACAACCACGACCACCACGCCCACAGACGACGACACGCCUCACCACGUCAACGGAGGGCCACGCCAACAAACGACACGCCCACGACGACACCACCACCACGUCAAUGGGCGACGACCGCGUCAACGGACGCCCACGCCAACGGACGACGUCGUCGUCAACAGACGACGAGCACGUUAGUGGACGACGAGCGACCACCGCCACGUCAACAGACGACGACGACGAAGCCAACGGACGACGACAACGCCAACGGACGACAACGCCAACGGCCGACGACGACGAUGCCAAUGGACGGCCACGUCAAUGA